ACCUGUGUUUCUUCUCAAAGUUGGGUUUUAUUGCAGGAACACAGAAGAUGAAGGAAGAGUAAGUGGAAGAAGAAGAAGAAGAAGAAGAAGAAGAAGCAUCUGCAGUAGCUGAACACUGAACAAGCUGGUAGGUUUUAUCUUCUGGCCUCAUCACUUCCUUUCCUUUGAGAAACUCUCUUAUUUCUUUCUUUCACCAGAAACUAAAAUCUGGUCAGAUGGAACAGAUACUUUUUUCAGCAUAGUGGGCUAUAAACUUGCAGAAAAAAGUUUGCCAAUUGACAUGGUAAUGGCUUCUGAUUCAUCACAACUGCAACUCAAAUGGUUGCUGACACUCUAUUUUUAGGUAUGAAGGAGAUUUUGUCACAAUAGAAAUUGAAUCUAAGCAAUAAAUCUUUAGCAGUAGAACUUGAAUCCAGGCAAUACUACUUGAUCACUGAAGGAUGAGUUUGUGAACUAAAUGAGAAAAACUGAGACUUACCUCUAGUCAGGAUCAGAUGCAGUGUUUGUGAAUCCAUGAUGCAAAUUCCAGGGCUUGGACCACAAUAGAUUGAUACUUGGGCAUCUUCUAGGAAGACUUCUUAUAAAUCUUCUCACUUGGUGAAAAGGAAGCCAUGUUUGUUGAUGCCAUGAUCUCCUUGCUAAAUCAGCUUGUUGGUGAAUCAAAUAAAUUCAUUCUCAAAAUUAAACUAUAAAGAUAAGCAGCCAAAAGUUAUUCUUUUAUGUUCUUUUCUCUUUUUAGCAAAAGGGAAGGAUAAGCUUAAUAGUUCAGUACUUAACUGAAGUGAAUCUGAUAAUACUUGCCAAGGCUACAUGAAUAGAUACUUAUUCUCGAGGAUGGGACAAUUAGCACAUCAAAUCUGAGGUACGUAUCGAUCUUAAUCUAUUUAUCAAGUGUCUCACAGAAUGAGUUACCUCAACAGCUCAAUCCUGUCGACUUUGUCAGAUAUGUCGAAUUCUCAGACAAACUCUUCGGCUUCUUCGAAUUCGAAUGGCCUACCUGUUCCUGUCAUAAUAACAAUUGUGGUAUUGUGUGGAGUAGUACAAAUUGUGGUAGUUAUUUUGAUCAUAAGAUGUGUGCAAAAGAUCAUCAGGUCUUCGACCAAUUCAAGAGUGAUGACACCCAGUGGCUCAACUCCAUCUUCCAUGUACAAGGAAUCAAGGAUUGAAAUGGAACCGAUUGAAGAGUUCCUCCAUAACAUCCUUAAAGACAAGCCCAUGAGGUUUACACCUCAGAAUCUAGUGGAUUUCACGCAGAAUUAUGUGGAGAAGUUGGGUUCUGGUGGUAAUGGAGCAGUCUACAAAGGACAGUUUCCGGAUGGCACACAUGUAGCAGUAAAAGUCCUCCAUGGAACCUCGGGCAAGAAGGAAGAGGAGCAGUUCAUGGCGGAAGUCGGCACCAUAGGCAAAACGUACCAUAUCAACCUGGUCAAACUCUAUGGCUUCUGCUUCGAUAAAACAGUGAAGGCACUGGUCUACGAGUUCAUGGAGAAUGGAUCACUAGACCAACACCUCUUCGACCCCAAAUGUAGAAUCGAGUGGGCAAAGCUGUACGAGAUCGCGACCGGGACGGCAAAGGGAAUCAGAUACCUGCAUGAGGAAUGCCAGCAGAAGAUCGUGCACUACGACAUCAAACCAGCAAACAUUCUUCUGACGCCAGAUUUCCUCCCCAAGGUUGCUGAUUUCGGGUUGGCAAAGCUCUGCGACAGGAAGAAGAACACUAAGCCGACAGGAGGAGGAGGAGGAGGCAGGGGAACUCCGGGCUAUGCCGCACCAGAGAUGUGGCUGCCAUUACCUGUGACUCACAAGUGCGACGUCUACAGCUUCGGCAUGCUUCUGCUUGAGAUCCUGGGGAAGCGGAGGAACUAUGACGCGAAGCAGGUUGAGAGCCGGGAGUGGUUCCCCAUCUGGGUGUGGCGGAAGUACGAACAAGGUGAGAUAGAGAGCAUGUUGUCGGCGUGCAGGAUCGAAGAGGAAGACCGAGAGAAAGCAGAGAGGAUGUGUCAAGUGGCGUUAAGGUGCAUCCAGUAUCAGCCGGAAUCCAGGCCUGCGAUGAACUGCGUCGUCAAGAUGUUGGAGUGGAAGCAACAGAUUCCUGCCGUAGAUAACCCGUUUGAGCACAUGAACACCGACAGCUCGAGCUCAGCUCUGUGGAGUUCGAUCACAAGCACAACAUACUCGAGUAGCAGGGCGACCGGCAAAGAUGACACUGAAGUGAGCGGUUCAUCAUGAUCAGAUUACACACCCAAGCAUUAUGAUUCUGUCCAAGAAUCAUGAAGGAGUUCUGUAACUAUGAUCAUGAGAAUAUAACUUGGUUGCACCAAGAACACUUCUGUGCUUGCAUGCACCUCUUUAUCCAGUUCAAGUAAUUCUCUUCCUGUGUGUCCUCUUUCAUGUGUAAUGUACCCAAGGAAAGAUACCAACAGUUGACUGCAA